AUGAGAGAAAAUGGUGUUGGAACAGUGGGGCUCAGCAAUUUCACACAGGAAGCUUUGGGAGAUGUUGUUUACUGUAGUCUUCCUGAAGUUGGGACAAAGCUGAACAAACAGGAUGAGUUGGGUGCUCUGGAAAGUGUGAAAGCGGCUCGUGAACUCGACUCCCCUUUAUCAGGAGAAGUCACAGAAAAGAAUGAUGGGCUUACAGAGAAUCCCGGGCUUGUGAACAAAUCCUGUUAUGGGGAUGGUUGGCAGAUUAAGAUGGCACUGACUAAUCCUUCAGAACCUGAUGAAGCAAUGAGUGAAGAGGCCUAUGAAAAAUACAUAAAAUCCACCGAGGAGUGA